AUGCCGGGCACAGGCGGGGACGAUGCAGUUGCCAGUGGCGCAGAAAUCUGGGCUCUCAUGUCCAAUGUGACUGAUAUGUGGCCGCGCUGGCGCGUUCUUACUUCUGCGUUGGCCAGUGUUUCGUGUGCGUCGUUGGAUGGUAUCGAUGAUACCACAACAAUUGUGCCGAAGCAUUCGUACUUUGACACUCAGGCGACUAUGUUGCAUGCUUACCUACCAUCAGAGAGUAUGUGCACAGAAAACAUGACGCCUCUACUAAAGCUGCUUCCGUGCAAGGGUGGUGCAGGGCUUGCCAGCUUGAUCAAGCCUCACGCGAUACUGAGUGCGGAGUUUCAUGGCGUCUCGCUGCAUGUGCGUCGCACCCGAGACCGUGCAUGGGAUGUAUCUGUUCGCUUUCAGGCAGUGAUGCGGCCUGCAUUGCUGGGUGAUACGCGUUGGACACUUGACAAGCUAUUCAGGGCACACCUUGAGACUACAUGCCCAGUGGCUAGGUCCAGCGAGAUUCACGUCCAGAGUGAAUCAGUACCUGAACCGCCAGUGGGGGCAGCUGGCUCCAUGAAGAGUCUUAGCGAGUCUCACAGUGGUAGAAGCUCGUCUAGUAACGAUGAUUUUGAUACCACCUAUGGUGCCGACAAUGUGGACGACGGCUUCAGCGACCUCGGCGAGGAAGAUGAUGACGACGAAGUAGUCAAGCCUUUGGUUUACACGGUGCCGAUGCAUACGUAUAUGUACGAUGCGCGCUCGCUUGAUGCGUAUGGAGGAGUUCUGAACAUCUCGUUCCUAUCGAAGGCCUCAAGUCCUUUGGUUCGUCCGCCGCCCCUUCGCGCGUCUCGGCAGCUGUUGGGCUACGGACAAGAGCGGAAUUCCGUGCGUCUCACGCUACGGAAUGACUUGACAACAGAGACCGUGCAUAUGUUGUACUACGAGCAUAUACCUUGGACUGUGCUUCCCUUGUUGCACACGUUGCGAGCAGAUGUCGAAGUGGAUGAAUAUGAUGAUGCGGAUGGGACGGUGCGGUUCACUGAUGAUGUGAGUCGGCCGUUUGUUGUGAAUGCAACGUACAAGCCAUCGAAAGUACGUAAGACGAUGGGGUCUCUUGAGCUUGUGCUGCGUGUACCUUCUUCCAGCACACUCACGGUAUCGUACGUGCUGCGGAAACACAUGCUACAUUACGAUGAACACAUUCCUGAUCCACAUCGCGGAAUGGAUUUGCCGCCUGCGCUGUUUAUGCCGCUCGGUGCUCGCGGUCGUGCGUGGUCUGAGACACACAAGCACUGGCCGGUGUCCUACGUGCAGGCGCCGCGUCUGUACUCGACGCCAGGCUUGCUGGAUAUGAUCUUGCCAGACUUUUCCAUGCCAUACAAUGUAAUUCUUUUCUACUCUACAUUUGCUGCAAUGUUUUUCGGAACGGUGCUAAAUCAAAUGCUCAGAAGGUACAGAGAUGUGUAUCGCUUGAAAUAA